AUGCAGAGCACAGGUAGUAGUAAGCUUAGUGAGGAAAAUGCCAAAGGUUGUGGUGUGCCUGAAGGGUGUGUUGAUGGAUCCCUCAACCUGGGAACAGCCAGAAGUGUGCUGAAAACCACCUGCUGCUCAACAAAUCUCUGCAACACAAACUAUCCAGCUGUUCCUUCUAAUCCCCCUCCAAAUGGUAAAAAGUGCUACUUCUGUGAUGGACAAAGUUGCAAUAAUACUCUUAAUUGUCCUUACUUUGAACAGCCGGUUCACACCGAUGUGGAGGAACAGAUCCCGGAAUAA